UUACCACAGUAGAAGAAUUUUCUUGAGAAACACAGACCAAGGGGAAUAUACAUUUUCAGCAGAUCAUGGUUACUCCAAAAAUGGCAAGUCGACGACCAACGAAAAGAAUCUUGAAGCCGGUUAUAGAGAAGAAACGGAGAGACCGGAUUAAUCAGCGUUUAGAUGAGCUGCGACAGCUUCUCCUGGAUAACACUCUAGACACGCGACUUCAAAACCCUAAACUGGAGAAGGCUGAAAUUCUGGAAUUAACUGUUGAAUACAUUCGGACAAAAGUCACAGUUGCGAGAGAGAGGCCCAGUCAAGGCAACAAAGACUCAGACCCACAUGAUGCUAACGCUCCGACUCUGUUCUUGAGGACACCCCAUAUUCCCUUCGCUUCAGUCCCCGAGCCCAUCAAUGUCCAGAAGCAGAUGCCCUCCAAUCCUAUCUACAAAGCCGGUUUUAAGGAGUGUAUCUCCCGUUUGGCAAGCUUCAUCGAAUGUGUAGAGCCUUCCCAGCGAGACAGCUUCGUUCAAGGCCUGUGUCACCACCUUGACUCCUACAGCAGUACUCUUUCCCAGUGUAGAGUUUCCAGCCAAGCUGCCCACCGUCCAUGGAUCCCAAAUGCGGAGAUGACAUGCAGGACGGAUGUCCAUGCGAUAGGACCCAUGAGAACCAGCACAGAGCCAUUUUCCUACACCAGUAGUUUGUAUCCUCAGUCUUUUAUGCUUCAUCCCACUGGACAGGCCAUGACACAUCCCUACCUCUCCCCUCCAUACUCCCUCUCUCCUCCACCCUCUCCUUGUUACACAAGUAGCUCUCCGCCCUUCUCCAGCUCUCCCACAUACCUCUCUGUCCCCUGCCAUUUCCCUUUCCCUCCCACCAUCUCUCCACUCUCUAGUGACUCUUCAUCUUCAUCAUCAUCAUCCUCUAUCAGUUUCUCAGUCACUGCUCAGCCUGUAGCCCCGGGACCUCAUGUUCAGGCCUCGGUGGGCUCCCCCACUCCAGUGCAACCCACUGGCUCGUCUCCCUCCUGCCAACCCCAGAGUCUUAGAAGAUCUUUGUUCCAGAACCAGCCACAGUCUUUGUGGAGGCCCUGGUGAGCAAAACUCAAAACACUUAGUGACUCAAAGCAACAGCUUCCCAUCAGAGUUCAGCAGGAGUUGAGGAUGCUUGUGAAGAGGCUGGGCUUCACAUGGAAAAGACAUGGAAGCGAGUAUCCUGAGCAUGUGUACAUUAAUAGCUUUGUGGUAAACGCACAUGACUUAUUGUAUACAAAUUGUUUAAUAUAUUUAUUUGUUCCCUAUUGUACAUUUUAAAUUAAUUGUACUUUUUUCACGAAAUAUAUAUAUAUAAUUUUGUUAAUCUAUCUAUCUAUCUAUCUAUC